AUUUUUAGAAAGCAUGUGCCUCUUUCAACACCAACAAAGCAACAUUUCCACCUCUACCAAUUGAUUGCGCCCCUCCUCGGCGCAGUCUGUAGUUUAAGCUGAGCAUAUCUGGCUUCACAUUUGUUUUCACAGAAUCUGCCAUCUGCAACAAAGCCCCCACGAAAGUUCCUAUAGCUGCGGACGCCAUCUACGGUUUUUACCCCCUCACGAAUUUUACACAUUACGAAUAAUGCCUACUACGAGAACUCUAAUACGGGGCCUAUCAAGCCUUGGGCGACCAGGCGGACGAAGCCGUCACGAAAUAUGUGCUCGAACAUCCAUAAGCCAAGCUCGUUCGUUCUUCUCAACAUGUAACUUAAAUCCGGCUUCCCGAAUAUCAUCCCAUACCUGUAGCCAGACAAACGGUAGAUUUGCUGGGGGUUCAGUCACAAAUCAUGCGAGACGAAGCUUCUCAGCAAGUUCAAUCAGCUCCCAUGGCCAUUGGGAGCCUCCUAAGGACGGAGAAGAGAUUUAUGUUACAUUCAUUGACAAAGAUGGAGAUGAACACAAGAUUGCAGUCAACAAGGGCGACAAUCUCCUGACUAUUGCACAAGGCAAUGAUAUUGAGAUGGAAGGCAAGUAUACAGGCUGCAUACUGAGGGGCGAGGUUAACAAACAACCAGGUGCCUGCGAAGGAUCAUGUUCCUGCUCAACAUGCCAUGUCAUAGUCGAGGACGAGACAAUGUACGACAAGAUCCCGGAAGCAACGGACGACGAGAACGAUAUGCUGGACUUGGCUUUUGGUCUCACAGAAACUUCAAGACUGGGUUGCCAGAUCGAGAUGACGAAGGAAUUGGACGGACUGAGGGUCAAGUUGCCUUCAAUGACCAGAAAUCUACAAGCUAGCGACUUCAGUAAGAAAAGCUAG